GUUUAAACCCGGCUAUCAUCGGGACAUUUUUAAAACCGUUGAAAAAUUUUUGACAUUUCUUUUAAUUGAUUAAGUAUUUAUUCGGUUUAAUCUUUAGAUAUUUAUUUUUAAAUUAUAUUUUCAUCUUUUUGAGUUAUAAAUUUGAAUUUUAUAUAUAUUUGCCUAGAGAAGUAGAAAUUAUGAAGUUAAUUUCAACAUUCCUCGCCGCUGCCUUUCUCGUCAGUGUCACUGAAUGCUUAUCUUCGGAUUAUAAUAGCUAUGCAGUUUACGAUAUAUGUACAAAAACAAAAGCGCAUGUAGACUAUUUAUUUAAGUUAUGAAUAGGAAGGCUUCGAACCUUUCCUUCUACGAAAGCAGCUACACCAAGUGUCAAAAUUGGCGGUAGCACCUCAAAAUCAGAAGUCGUUUGAAAAAGAAUUGACGCACAGAUCUAUUCCACAUGCGGUUGUAAUUUCUAAUCUGACAGACUAUCUUAUGCCCAAGAAAGCUCUUCUUCGAAAGAGCUUCAAAAAGAUGGGUGGAAUUAAUUUCAAGGAAUAUUUCAGAUAUAAAGAGAUAAACAACUAUUUGGAUGAGUUGGCAAAGCGUUAUCAGACCGUGGUAAAAGUCAAAACUGCAGGAAAGUCAUCUGAAGGACGAGUUAUAAAAGCCGUUUCAUAUCUCACACGGUAGGUCUCACAAGAGGGUGUUGGUAAUAACUGCAGGGAUUCAUGCUCGGGAAUGGGCUUCUCCGGCUUUGGCUCUGUAUAUAAUCCAUAAAUUGGUUGAGAAAUCCAGGAAGACUGAGAAGUUCUUGCUUAACUUCGAGUGGAUCAUUUUGCCACUGACAAACCCAGAUGGUUACGAGUACACCCACACUACGAAUAGAAUGUGGAGGAAGACUAGAUCCAAACAAAAGGGUAACUGCUAUGGGGUGGACGCUAACAGAAAUUUUGAAUUUUAUUGGGGUGGCAGCGGAAGCAGCGGAGAUCCAUGUGCUGAGACAUUCAGAGGAAAGGAACCUUUUUCAGAGCCAGAAAGCCGGGCGAUAGCGAAUGUACUAAUGUCAGUUAAACAAAGAUGUUUAUUUUAUAUUGACCUUCAUACGUACGGAGGGUACAUUCUUAUGCCUUGGGCUUAUAAGAAAGACCACAUAUCUACGUAUAAACAAUUAUUAGCAGCUGGAAAUGCUGCCAAGAGAGCGAUUUCUCAAGCAAGUGGGACCAGUUUUACAGUUGGCACGCCCCCAGAUGUGCUUUAUCCAGCUGACGGUGGAGGCAUUGAUUAUGCAGUGGGUCGAGCAGGUGUGCUUUACUCAUAUGCUUUGGAAUUGAGAGGUGGUGGUCAAAUGGGAUUUGAUCCCCCCGAGGAAGACAUUCACGGCAUAGUGAGGGAAGUCGUGGGCAGGCAUCAAAGCCAUGUUAAAAAUGGGUCACCCUUCGAAACGAAGACUACUUCCAAACAGCAAUAUUAGAGUGUAUCAAGACCUAAAUCUAUUUCGGCAUAUGGUAAUGGCUCAAAUUAUUUUGCUAAUAAUUUUAUCUUUAUUUGAAUUUCCUGGUUAGAGAAAUUUGUACAACGUCAGAAUAAUGAAAAGAUAAUCUUUAUGGUGCAGUUGAAAG